CAGUUAAUUACCCAAAAAGGGACUGACGACAUUACAUUCGACAUUUAUUUGUUGAGGGUGAAGCUCAGCAUCCACCACGACAUUCUCUGAUGUCAGGAUUUCUCAUAUAAAAAAAAAAGCCCAUUUUCAUUUUUACAACAUGAUCCCAUAAAUUUACAACACCAAAUCCAUAACGUAUCAAUUUGUUCUAUUUAGAAUUCAAUCCCCUUAUCAAUCAAUCAAUCCAAUUGAAUAGCAUAUACUAUAGGUGUACUGCCCAUACCGAACUUACCGACUGUACCGAAGAGCGGAAAUCUUUAUCAAUUGAAUUCGCUUUAUAAGUCAUAUCUACUUAGUAAUAUAUCAACCCCAACUUAGUUGACCAUUUCAAUUCAACCAAUUUGAUUGAAAGGUAAGAUCUACUACUACUACUACUACUGCAUUAUAAUGACCAAUCAUAACUCAAGACCUUCAACGCCGUUAGCAUUCAACCCAUCCCAAUUACAUUCCCAUUCAUCAUCAAUAUCAUCACUGCAACAACAACAGCCACCGGUACAACCAUUGGUUCCGGGACAACAAGGAACUGGUCAUAAAAUACCAAUUUAUGAAAAACCAAUUCAUGAAAACUUGGCUGAGAUUUAUCAUACAGUGUUAACCUUAAAGAAUAAUAGAAAUAAAUAUAUCAAUUCUAAACAAAUUUAUCAGAUUUAUGAUAAAUUCUUAUCAUGGUUACAUGAAUUAAAGAUUACUAGAAAGGAUGAAGAAUUAAAAGGGUUAAGUUUAAAUUUACCUAAUAAUAAUGAUUUUUUAAUUGAUGAUAUUUGGCAAUUACUAUCUCUUUGUUUUGUAACUUGUGGAUUAAUUAAAUUUGCUCCGGCAACUUAUAGUUCUUUAAGUACGGUAAGUAAAUUAUUAGAUCAUUUAAAGGAAGGUCAAGUUUAUACUUUAGAAGAUUUAAAACCAAUAAAGAUAAGAUUAGAUGAAAUCAGAACUAUUAUUGAACAACAACCUGAAUCUGAUGAUGAUGAAGAAAAUGAUGAAUCAGGUGCCAUAUCAAGUUUUAAUCAAAGAAAAGCUCAUCAUCGUGUUGAAGAGAAUUUAUUAUUAAGAACCAAAUUAAAUAAAUGUCAAACUCUUUAUAAUUCCUUAGAAUCCAAUUUUAAGAAUUUCCCAUCUGAUUUAGAAUUGAUUUAUAAUAAAUUAAUUUCAAUUCGGAAGAUUAUUUUGAAUUAUUUAACUACUGAUAAUGAUAGUAAUAAAUCAACCACAUCAUCAUCAUCUCCUUCAAGUCAAAUGUAUCAUUAUGGUAAGGGUAAAUCUAAAGACCCUAAGAUUCUUACUAAAGUUGGUCAAUUAAAAUCAGAAUUAAAAGAAAUUGAAAGUUUAAGAGAUAUAAAUGAUGGAAAAUUUCAUUCUAAAAAAGUUGAACCAACAAAACAACAAGCUAGUGAUGAAAAGAUUCAACCGGUUAUAAAUGGAUUAAUUGAUGAUUGUAAUAAUUUAUUACAAGAUUUAGUUAUUCAAAAUGAUUCAACUAAUUUAACCAUUGAAUUAUCUCAAUUAAAUUUAGAUGAUGAUUCUAAUGAACAAAAUGAAAAUUUAAAGAAUUUAAGAAGUAUUAAUAAUAAAUUUGAAUCUAUAUAUAGUCAAUUAUUAGAUUUAAAACAAAAAUUAGAAAAUUUAUUAAUUACUAGAAGAUGGACCAUGAGAGAAACUGAUUUAUAUGGAUAUCAAAAAUUAUUAAGAACCAUUGAUGAACAACGUAUUGUAUUAAAUAAUCAAAUUAAAUCAAUUAUUAUAAAUAAUCAUUUAAGAAAAAAUCAUACUUUAAUUUUAUAUCUUUUAAGAAGAAGUUAUGGAUUAGUUUAUAAAUUAUUAGAAAGUUCUGAACCAGUUAGUGAAUCCUUACAACCUAUUCAUAAUCAAUUAUCUACGGUUAGAAAAUGUUUAUUAGAUAUUAAAAGAGUUGAUGGAUUAAAUAAUUUACGAGAAUUAUAUCCAUUUCAAUUUAAAUUAGCAUCAUUAGAUAAUUUAAGAAGUGAUGGGAAAUUUUAUAUUAAUAAUCAAAUUCCUGAAGGUCAAGGGACAUUAAAUGCAUUAUUAGAGGAAUGUUUUGAUAUAAUUCAUGAAUUAAAGAUUGAAUUAGAAGAAAAAGAGGACGAAAGAUAUGAAAGAAAACAAAAACAACUGUUAUUAUCGAUUGAUUCAUCGGUGAAUCAUAGUGUGACUGAUUUGACUGAUGAUGAAGAUAUUCAAUCUGAUGAUGAAGUUGAAUUAAAGAGAAAUAGAUAUAUGGGAUUCAAUGAAGCUGAUUAUGAUAAAGAAUCAGAAUCAGCCUAUGAAUUUGGAGAUGAUGAUGAUCUUGAUGAUCUUGAAGAUGAAGAAGAUGAUGAUGAUAAGUUGAGUGAUGAUGAAUAUGAAGGUAAUGAUUAUUAUUAAAGUGGUAUUAAGUUUUUUUGUUUUCUAAUUUGUUUGUUUUAAUUUUUGUUUAGUUAUUUUUGAUUGCUUAUUUAUUUUAUGUUAUGUUGUGUCAUGCUAUUUUUUUCUAUAUUUUCUUAUUCUUAUUCUUAUUCUUACUAUUAUACAUAUUUUAUUUAUUUCUUUUAUUCAUAUAAAUCUUUUAAAAUAUAAGUAUUAUGUUAUGGUAUGUUUAAUUAAGUGUGGUUAAAUAUGGUAGCAAUGGCUAAUGGCGGGUAACCCUUCUUUUUCUUCUUGCUUUAAAAUUUCUUUUUUUUGUGUGUGGUCUG